ACGUGAAACGUCAGUUUCCAAUAUAAGUUACUAAUCAAAUAAAAAUAAUGUGAUUGAUGGAGAUUGUUAGAGAUAAAGACGUUCAAACGCAGUUUAAUCGGCGGCGAUAUCAGUAUUGCAAUCGAGUUUUUUAAGUCGUAUAAGACGAAUGAGUAUGAGAGGGAAAAUGGUUAACCGAUCUCCCUGUAUUCAUUUGGGAACUGCCUCAGACAUUCCAUUAGCAAAUAUAAUAAAUUCCAUUGAGAAAAAAGAAUGUAAUGAUUGUGAGUAUAAAGGACCUCACCUGUGGAUUUGUUUGUACAAAAAUUGUCUGAGGAUUGGAUGUUCAGAUGAGGCUAAAGACCACAGUACACUACACAAUGUUAGCCAGCCUGCCCACGCGGUGCAUAUGAGCAUAUCCACGUUGCGGCUAUGGUGCUACGACUGCAAAUCGGAGGUGUUCAUGGGGGGCGGAGCCGCCGGGCCGCCCGCCCACAAUCAGAUCAUCGGCCCGGUCGACAGCGAUCUGGAAACGGACGACGACGCCGCCUCGUCCACCAUCGUAAGAGCCGUCGAUUCCGGCCAUGCCAGCAGCUACACGACGCUACGGACGGAAUCACCCGAUCAGCCGGCCUACGGCACGGUCGGGCUCAAUGUUGGUAUGGGAGAUGCGAGCGAGUCGAGCGACGAAGAAGAAUCGCCGGGGGGAUAUUUCCGAUCCGAAGAACGUCCGUCGGGCCUGAUCGGGCUGCAGAACAUCGGCAACACGUGCUACAUGAAUGCGGCGCUGCAGGCGCUCAGCAACACGGAACCGCUGACGAAAUUCUUCCUGGACUGUCCGUCGUCCGUCCACCUGCUGAGCGAAGGGAGGAAGCCCGGGCUUUGUCGCACCUAUCAGUCGUUGAUGAAGGACAUCUGGCUGAAGAAGGCGGGAGGAUACGUAGUCCCUUCUGGAAUUUUAUACGGCAUGCGGAACGUACAUCCAAUGUUCAGAGGGUAUCAGCAACACGACACCCAAGAAUUUCUCCGGAACUUCAUGGAUCAGCUCCACGAAGAACUGAAGCAGUUGGCGGCGCCAGAUCCGUCUCCCACCCCCACCAGCGAAGGGGACACGUUUUCUCUGGCGAUGGACGAGCCGGCGAUGAGGUACUACGACUCGAGCGAAGGCGAAUACGAGACCUGCGACUCCGGGGUAAGCGAAAGGUCCAGCCUGAGCGACGACAUGGAGCGACCGGCGUCCAGCGCCAAGAGGCGACUGAGCAGCAGGUGCGGGAGCCCCAACCGACGACAGAGGGCGCGAGUGCACAGUUGCAGCGUGAUAGACUCUCAGCCGGGCACGAGCCAGAGCGGGCAAACGUCUACGAUGAACAGCAGCGGCAACACCAACAUCAACAGCAACAUCAACAGCAACGGCAACAACAACAACAACAACAACAACAACAACAGCAGCAGCAAGAAACAGCUGAAAUAUCGUUCAAUAAUAUCGGACAUCUUCGACGGCAAAUUGUUGUCGUCGGUCCAGUGCCUGACGUGCAACAGGGUGUCGAGCCGGGUGGAGACGUUCCAAGAUCUGUCGCUGCCCAUCCCGUCGAGAGACCACCUGGCGGUUUUGCAUGGCCGCACGUCGUCGGCGAGUGGGGUGACAGCGGCGCCGGGUGGCUGCCACGUGUCCUCCUCCGCUUCGGCCCCGCCCACAUGCUCGGAGGCGGUGAUGCCAGUCCAGGACGGGGGCUGGGUAGCCUGGAUAUUAACGUGGCUGAGGUCGUGGUUCUACGGCCCGACAGUUACGCUCCACGACUGCCUGUCGGCGUUCUUCAGCACGGACGAGCUGAAGGGGGACAACAUGUACAGUUGCGAGAAGUGCAACAAGUUGAGGAACGGCAUCAAGUUCAGCAAGGUGCUUCAGUUGCCGGAGGUGCUGUGCAUCCACCUGAAGAGAUUCCGCCACGAGCUGAUGUUCAGCAGUAAAAUAUCGUCAGCAGUUAGCUUUCCGCUAAGGGGACUGGACAUGAGACCGUACCUUCAUGCGGACUGCACCUCCAAGGUGUCCACCUACGAACUUUUCUCGGUCAUAUGCCAUCACGGCACCGCUGGGGGCGGGCAUUACAUUUGUUACGCAUUAAACUCAGGUUGUUGGUACGAGUUCGAUGAUCAGUACGUCACUAAAGUAACUCCGGACAAAGUACAGACUUGCGAAGCCUACGUGUUGUUCUAUCGUAAACUAUUAACAACUGCCGGAGAUGACACAGUGAAGAGCAGGGCUAGUCGCAUCCAUGAAGAGAGAAAUCGUAAUAACACACUGGCCGGCGUCACCUACGUCUCGCGACAGUGGCUCAACCGGUUCAAUCACUGUGCCGAACCGGGACCGAUUGACAACAGCGACUUCCUUUGUCACCACGGCGCCAUCGACCCCGAACGGGAGUCUUUCUUAAACCAACUGGCCAUUACGGUACCCGUCGAGUUGCACGAGUACUUGCACUCCAAAUACGGCGGAUGUCCACCCUUGAACAACGUCAAAGUGUGCCCCGCCUGCGCGUCCGUCAGCAAAAAGAUCAUGUUCGAGAUGGAAACCAUUGUCAAACUGACCAGAGACGUGCACAACUACGACAUCCCAUACACUCACUACCUGUCCACCUCGUGGUACACCCAGUGGCACAACUUCGUCCAGAAAAAGACGUUGGAACCUCCAGGUCCGAUUGAUAACAGCAAAAUCAACAGCAUGGCACAUCCUGAAGGCAAUCCGGAGGCAUCGGAAAUCACCCAAGACAUGUGGAACUUCUUCCACGGCAUUUACGGUGGCGGACCCGAAAUCCGUAUCAAGCAACAAGUACAACUAACGGCCAACGUGUCGUUUACACCCACACCUACACCGGCGCCACCACCAUCACACGUGAAUGCCGGCGGAAAUGGUCUGAACUGCGAAUGGACUUCGUCGGCCAGACGACAUCUCACGACGAACGAUUCGCAGGUGGCGCCCUACUACCCGCCCACCAUAAAAAAGGACAACUCCCAAAGUAUGACCGACUUGUCCGUUUUUUCGCACGGUGAACCCCUUGUAGACUCCGACGAGGAUAGCGAGGUGGUCAUCGACAAAAUGUUGGAUAACCACCUCAUUGAAGUGGAGAAGAUUGAAAAUGGACGAUCGCCCAUUAACAAAAAGGUUAUUUCAAGUGCGAACCAUCCCAAUGUCGAUGAUGACAUCGACGACGACGAAGACGUUCGAAACAGCUCGAAGCACAGGAGGCGGCGUCGAAACGUAACCAGUUUGUAAUUCAUUUUUCUUGUAAAUAAUACAUUGACUGUCUUAAGCAAUAAAAAUACUUUGGUCUAAACCAACGAUUAUAUGUAAAUUAAUAUGAUUAUGAUUGCUGCAAGGUUGUUAAUUUUUGUUUUUUCAUUUUUUAAUUGGCAUCACGGGUUGUAAUUAUUAAUUAAUUGAUCUUUGUUUAACAGCAAUUUUUAAAAAAAUUUCGAUGAUGUGUGUAAUAAAGUCUAGUCAACAGUAUGUUAUUUGUAAUCUGAGCAGUCGAACUUGUGCGUAUGUAUUUCAGUCACUGUAAAUAUUGACCUAUUGUUUAUUUGUUUGUUUGUUGAACAUGUACCUAUUGUAUUUAAUAAAUGUGUCCAUGUAAAAAAGGAACAAUAAGUGUGGGUUUAACCAAAUAAUAUUUAGCUCCAAUUUGAUUUUAGAUUAAGUCUGUUGUAUAUUAUUAUAUUUUGUACCGCAAAUUGCAAACAUUAAAUGUAUUCGAAUUAUUACAUUUAAGUGCCUUUAUUUAAAUACAAAAUGUAAUAAGUGAUUUAUAAUGAAAUACAUUAAAACUAUUUGCAAUUGAAAUGGUGAGAACAAUUAUUGUUGAUGUAUUUAGUUUUAAAAAAAUGUGAUAAGGCAAAACUGCGAUUGUACUGUGUAGUGUUAAAUCAAGUUCUCUGCUCAGAAUUUGUCCGAAACGAACAAUGAAAUCUUUGUAACUCUGUUGGCACUUUGCACAAUCAACUGUUGAGGUUUUUGCAACCGGAUCAAAGUCAGUUGGGUUGAUCUUUUGUGCAAGAAAACUCUGAAUUGUGUAACGACAUAUUUUGAUUCCAUUGUCUCUUCUUUAUUAUACCUCAAAUGAUUGAGUGGUAAAUGCACAAAUAUGUCGUUAUGAUUUAGUUUUGGGUGACGGUUGUUGAUUUCCAUGAAAUAAUAGUACAAUAGUUGCUUCCUUGUCCAUUUCUAAGAAUUAUUUAAUAUGGUUCAAGAAUAAUUUUUGAAAUGUUGCACUGGGAAGUAACAGAAUGUUUUGCAGGGUUUUAUGUAUUGUAAAUAUAACAAAGAAAACAUAGGGUGGGAACAGUGGAGGCAUUUCCUUGUACAUACAUAACUUAGUAUUAUUAAAUUAAAUAUAAAUGUAUAAAAAGUUUUAAGCCAAAUUACAGUACGCAACUUGUAAAUAAUUGUGAGCGUACCGUGACCGUGUCUGACGUCUAAUAUAUUUUUUCAUGCCAAAAGUGUUACGUUAAUUUUAAGACCACCAUCAUAUAUAUAUAUAUAUAUAUAUAUAUAUAUAUACAUACCGAUCGAAAAACGUUUCUUCCUUCUCAAUCUUGAGAGAGAGACAUCAUGCACGACAGAAACAGUGAAAGUCUCCCACUAUUAGAUAAACAGGGAAGGGGAGGAAACUUUCACUGUCUCUGUCGUGCAUGAUGUCUCUCUCAAGAUUCAGACGGAGGAAACCCUUUUCGAUCCGUACAUCGGUAUGAAGUGUAAAAAAUGGAGAUGACAAGUUUCCCACAUCCAUUGUCUAGCCCAAACCUUCCUGGGAAAAUCGUGGAUUUUCUCAGGAGGCUUUCGGAUUCCAUACUACAACUUCCUCCGAAUAUGUGUGUAUGUCAAAAAGUAGUAAAAAGGAGGCGGUUGUGGGACUGAUUCAUAGGUACCUGAAUAUUCCGUUUGACCACAACGCUAAUUAUAACAUGCUGUUAGUUUUUAGUUGAAAAUAAUAGUACACACAACUUGUCGUCUCUGGAUAUUUUUCUAAACUGUUAAGUGCAUGUGAUUUUUGUCUUUCACCGAGUCGCACUGCAAAUUUUUACCUUUAUUUGGUUUUUCUAUUCAACUGUAUCUGUGUAGGGCCGUUCCUUUAAAACAAAAACCUUCUUGCAUUUACACGAAUAUUUAGCAAAUUCAAAAAUUACAACAUACAUGUUUUGUUGCCCACCAAAACUGAUUGAUUGAUACGCGUAUGUUUUUAUAUUAUUAGACUUUUGUUACUGUGUUAUAGUAAUAUAUUUAAUUGUACCAUU